GCUGUUGUAGGGCGGACCCGGAAGGCGCCUGGAAGGUGGAGGCAUUCAUUGAGAAGAAGGAAAUCUGUCCAGAGAUGGAGUUUGACUGCGAGAAUGUGCGGCGGCUGCUGAGCAAGUACAAAUUCAGGGAUCUAACAGUGGAAGAAUUAACGAAAGUAAAUAUGUCUUAUCCAAAUUUCAGAUUCUCCAUGGACACUUACGUUUUCAAAGACAAUUCUCAGAAGGAUCUAUUGAAUUUUACUGGCACUAUUCCUGUGAACUAUCAGGGUAAUACGUAUAAUAUACCAAUUCGUUUGUGGAUUUUGGAUUCUCACCCUUUUGCACCCCCCAUUUGCUUCUUGAAGCCAACUCCAAAUAUGGGAAUCUCAGUGGGAAAACAUGUGGAUGCUCAGGGCAGAAUAUAUCUGCCCUAUCUACAAAACUGGAGUCAUCCUAAAUCAGUCAUCACUGGAUUAAUCAGAGAAAUGAUUAUCAAGUUUCAGGAAGAGCUUCCUCUGUAUUCCUUAUCUUCUUCUGAUGAGGCUCAGCAGGCAGAAUUGCUAGCCUAUAUUUCGAAGAUCACUCAAGGUAUCUCAGAUAUAAAUUCAAAAAAUCAAGAAAACAAAAGUGUCAAUAAAGUUACUGUGGUUGGAGGUGGAGAGUUGGGAAUUGCUUGUGUAUUAGCAAUUUUAGCAAAGGGUAUUGCAGACAAGGUGGUCCUUAUAGACUUCUCAGAAGGAACAAAAGGAGGAACAAUGGACAUGGAUAUUUUUGAGCUGCAAAAUGUGGAAAUCAGCAAAGACCUGUCUGCCUCUUGGAAUUCCAGAGUGGUGAUCUUCACAGUUAACUCCUUAGGUAAUUCUCAGACCUACCUUGAUGUCGUACAGAGCAACGUGGACAUGUUCAGGGAGCUUGUCCCAGCUCUAGGACAUUACAGCCCACAGAGUGUCAUACUUGUUGCCUCUCAACCAGUUGAAAUCAUGACAUAUGCAGCAUGGAAACUGAGUGGCUUUCCUGAAAAUCAAGUGAUAGGAAUUGGAUGCAAUCUGGAUUCAAAGAGAUUCCAGUAUAUUCUUACAAAUAUCUUGAAGGCACAGAAUUCAGGAAAGGAAGUAUGGAUUAUUGGUGAACAAGGAGAAGACAAAGUACCUAUGUGGGGUGGUCAGGAAGAAGCAGUGGCUUCCAACUUCCAGGUGCAGCUGUCCAACAGAGUCAUGGAAAUAUUAAAAGUAAAAGGUCAAAGGUCCUGGUCUGUUGGUCUGUCGGUGUCUGACCUAGCUGACAGCAUCAUAAACAAUAAGAAGAAAGUUCAUUCUGUAUCAGUUUUAGCAAAGGGGUAUUAUAACAUAAACGACGAAGUGUUUUUAAGCUUGCCUUGCAUCCUUGGAGACAAAGGUGUGUCUGAAGUCAUCAAAGCCUCAGGGAAGGAAGAUCAUCUGGUGACUGAGAAACUCCAGAGCAGCGCAUCAUCAAUUCAUAGUCUCCAAAGCCAACUGAAACUUUAAAAAGAAUUUUCAGUUUUGUGGUUGCUGGUACUAAAAUAGACAGUUUUAUAAAAGAGGUAGCAAAGGAGGUAGUUUUGAGUUUCCCUUUUUGGACUAGCACUUUUUUUAUUAUUUGAAUACAAGUUAGAAAGAAAAAUUAUACCCUGGUGCCCAUUGUUCCUCCUGUGAAAUCUAUGCUGUACUUUAAUCUUGGGGGCCGUGCAAAAUAUUUGGACACUUUGCUUGCAGUAUGUUUCAUUUUUAAAUAUGUAUCAUAACACACACAAUUAAUAUUUUGAAAAUGAUAAGUAAUUUUUUAGUUUAAAAGUAAAGUUUAAUAAUCUGUGUCAUUUUUUAAAAGAUCCUGUAUAACUUUACAAUUAUUAGAUUUGCACUAAGUUUCUCCAGUUCCUUCAAGGAUUAUGCAAUUUUUGAUGAUGAUCUGUUCUGCUAAUUAUUAGCAAAAUACUUUAAUCAAGUCAUAUAUUUAAUAAGCAGCUAUUGCUAUGUGCAUAGUCAUAUUCUUUCUUUAGUUGAAUUAACUACCAAAAAUGGAAAAAUAUUUGACAUACACUUUGGAAUAAUGAAAUUAAUUAUGUUAGUAUAUCUCAAGGAAAAGAAAUAACUGUUUUAGCCUUAUCUGCCAGGAGCAAUUUUAUUUAUUUUAGCUUCAAUUUAAGUGUUUUUAGCUUAAAGAGAGAAAUGUCCAAAAUGACACAGGCUUCUCUGGCUCCUCCCCCAAUGUCCUAGGACACAUCUCUACCUCAAGGUAAUUUGACCUAACAUUUAUAGGAAUGAACAAACAAAAUGUCAUUCUGUGUUAGAGAUUUAUCGUCCUUGCAGGUUAUUGUACUCUAUAUUGUAGGUCUGCCAGAAACAAUUUUAUUUACUAUAUCCAAGCACUUUACUUUAGAAAAUACAUUUUUGGGGGUUAACAUUCUACUUCAACAAAUAGAAUAGUCAUAUAAUAACUGCUCAAUUCUUUCCUUCACUAGGCUAAUAUAAAGUUGGGAUUAUUAAUAUUUUAAAUAAAAUUGUUUCUGGAACUUGUGCCAAGUUAUUUGAUUGACAAUAUAUUGUUUUCUUCCAGUAGAAUGUAAA